AUGACUUUGCUGUUGAUAGUCAACGAGGAAGUGAAAGGAAUCAUAUCUGGACUGAAGGCUGCAAGGAACAGUAUUUCACAGCUGAAGGUGAAAGUAGGAACAGCUUGCUUUCUGCUCUCUUUGGAAGAUAACACCAAUGAAGGAAAGAAAACUUGUUCGGCUUUCUUAAAAAGAUGGUCCAGCUAUGGAAUAUUUGAUGUCCACAUUGAAAAUCUCAUCCCACCUUCGCCAAAAAGAGCAUCAAGACUGCUGGACCUUGAACACGUGAAGUUUUUAAUGGACUCUUUUCAAAGCGGAGUUUUUCAACAACUUACAAUCCUGGUAGGACUGGUCCCUGACGAUUGUGACCCGUCGAUUUUAAAGAUGAAAGGUGCCGGACAGGUUGAGACCCUUGGAGGGAACCACACAAGGGAAGCCCUUCAGGGUCUUCUAAGGCGUGGUCUCGCAACUAUAACCACAGUCAAAAUGAAUAUUUAUUCAGCCCUGUCAACAUGCACAGCCUUAACGGUGGGUUGGCAGCACAAUGUUUGCUUGCAGGAGAAGCAAAAGCCUCUAAGCUUCAUUGACAAGGUGAGGCUUAUGAGACAGAUUCGCCCAUCAAUGCACAUGUCACCAACGGAUAUGAAGGCUUGGAAAGAAGCUCUUUCUUCCAUCUUUCAUGUGAAGGACAUCAGAAGAUUCCAGAAUUCGUAUGGACUGCAUAUGAAGAUGGCUCAGCUUGAACAGAGAGUUUGGGCCAUUGUGGAGGAAGUCUCUGGUGCUGUGAAAAUCUCUGAAAAAUUCUUCAGACCACUCUUGAAAAUUCAAUCAACCGAGGAUAUUGAGUCGUGUCUGAACAUUCUGCGAAGCAAAGGAUUAGCUGAAUAUAACAACAAAAUAAAGGAAUUUUUGGGAUCCAGACCACUUACAAAAAAAAGAAAGCAAACUGACCUGGAAGAUGAUGCCAAUGAGGAAUGUUCAAACACUUUUGAGGGACUCCUUGAGAAGUACAGCAAGGUAGUUGAUGAGCUUCAAAUGAUGAAGGACAAAUGUUCCAAACUGGAAACGGAAAACUCAGAAUUGAGGCGUCAACUGACAGAGCAUUGCUCGAAGUCCAAGGAAAAUUCAUCAAAGGACAAAGAAAUUGAAGCAUUCUGGAGAUUUGAAGACGGACGAGAGGAAUGGUUGCCGGCCAAAUUGAUCCGAAAAUAUGCUAACGGAGAGUGUUCAGUCCAGUACUCUGAUGGAGUUAGUAGAGUGAGGUCCUCAUGGGUGAGAGAGGUGGGACAGAUGUAAGGUCAUCCUAUUGGCACAUCUAGAAGUUAUACCUAUUUUCUCAAGACUAAAAAUGUCGUGAACUUAAAAUAAAUGUUGAUAUCAAUAUUUGCAACCAGAGUACAUAUUAAGGCACUUGAUGUUAUUUUUCUGAAUGAUUGAAGUCAGGUUUCUCAUACUAAGACAUUUCCCUGUCAAGUUAUGGAAUUAACUUAAAUUUUAUGGUGUGAAAUUUCUGUUUUAUAAAAAAAUGCAUAGAUAAUUUUUAUCAAAUUGUGAGACUGAUAGCUUCAUUUUUUUUAUAAAAUCAUGCAAAUGAUUGCCCUUUUUUUGAAGUAAAAGAAAAAAAAAUGAAUUUUACAUCACACUGAUGAUCAUAUUAAGUGUAUGCAUUAUUCUACAUGAUUUUGUUCAGUUUAAUGUUGGAAUUGAAUAUUCCCUAAUCAACAAUUUGAUUCUCUUUACUGCACUUUUGUUUAUGUGCAUUAUCCAAAGAAUGUUUGAAUUCCAUUUUGAAAUGCUUGAUGAGAACUUGUGGUUUCACUUAGGUAUAUGCUUUUUUCAUUAUUGGUUUUGUUCAGUGGUGGUGGUCAUAUUCUUCUUAUGUCAUUUCGGUCAGUAGAAUAUGGGACUUGUAUAUAACAGUUUAAAUGUUUGAAUAGUUUAUGAGAUUAUUUUAAAUAAAACUAUUUUUGAAUUUCUUUCGCUAUAUAAUCAAAAGUUAAUUAAAGAGAUUUCACGUUUCUUACUGUUGCAAUCAAUUUAAUAUCUUAAAAUAACCUGAGAUCUUUUAAGAAACUAGACAAAAAAUAAGUUCUAAUGGUGAACAAUUCAUAUUCAGUCAGCCUUUGUAAGCCAUUGUAACUGUGAAUGUGUUCAUGUGCAUUAUUCUAACAUUUUUUUGAUUUCGGUUUAGAAAUGCUUUGUAUGAACUUGUCUUCAUUUUAAAAUGCUUAAUUAAAAUUGAUUUUGUUAAUUUGUGAUUACCAAUGUUUUAUUUUGUAUGUCCUAUAUGAUGUUUGAGUAUUUCAGAGAAACAAUAAAGUUUUGCCCUUACAAUACAUACUAAAAUUGUGGCAGAAUUGUUUAGUAAUGAAAAUACAAAUUGCAGCAAUUGCACUUGUUAAAGAACUUUGAAUGGUUAUACAUGUAAUAGCGGUAAAGAUUGUUUUAUUUAAAUAUUUAAUUUUUCAUAAUGACUUCACAUGUUAAAAAAAAAUGUUUAGCAUUUUUUAAUACUUGUAUAUUUUGAGAACUAAUUUCAGUGUGACAUAAAUAAUAUUGAAUCAUUCACACUAUUUAAUAUAUAUUUUCUGACCUGCUGACUGGUGGAUUGAGUACAUAUUAGUAUACUGGUAUUGUUUUUUAUUUUUGAAAUUUCACUGAUUGAAAAUUUACACAUCAUUUUGUGUGUUCUGUAUUUACUAUGCCCCCCUUCGAAGAAGAGGGGGUAUAUUGCUUUGCACAUGUCGGUCUGUCGGUCGGUCCGUCCACCAGGUGGUUUCCGGAUGAUAACUCAAGAACGCUUGGGCCUAGGAUCAUGAAACUUCAUAGGUACAUUGAUCAUGACUCGCAGAUGACCCCUAUUGAUUUUGAGGUCACUAGGUCAAAGGUCAAGAUCACGGUGACCUGAAAUAGUAAAAUGGUUUCUGUAUGAUAACUCAAGAACACUUAUGCCUAGGAUCAUGAAACUUCGUAGGUAGAUUGAUAAUGGCUGGCAGAUGACCCCUAUUGAUUUUCAGGUCACUAGGUCAAAGGUCAAGGUCACGGUGACCCGAAAUAGGAAAAUGGUUUCCGUAUGAUAACUCAAGAACGCUUAUGCCUAGGAUCAUAAAACUUGAUAGGUAGAUUGAUCAUGACUCGCAGUUGACCCUUAUUGAUUUUCAGGUCACUAUAUCAAAGGUCAAGGUCACGGUGACCUGAAAUAGUAAAAUGGUGUCCGGAUGAUAACUCAAGAACGCUAAUGGCUACGAUCAUGAAACUUCAUAGGUACAUUGAUCAUGACUUGCAGAUGACCCCUAUUGAUUUUGAGGUCACUAGGUCAAAGGUCAUGGUGACCCGAAAUAGUAAAAUAGUUUCCGGAUGAUAACUCAAGAACGCUUAUGCCUAGGAUCAUGAAACUUCAUAGGUGCAUUGAUCAACACUCGCAGAUGACCCCGUUCGAUUUUGAGGUCACUAGGUCAAAGGUCAAGUUCACCGUGACGCGAAAUAGUAAAAUGUUUUCCGGAUGAUAACUGAAUAACGCUUAUUCCUAGGAUCAUGAAACUUGAUAGGUAGAUUGAUCAUGACUCGCAGAUGACCCCUACUGAUUCUCAGGUCACUAGGUCAAAGGUCAAUUUCACGGUGACCCGAAAUAGUAAAAUGGUGUCCGGAUGAUAAAUCAAGAACGCUUAUGGCUAGGAUCAUGAAUCUACAUAAGUACAUUGAUUGAUUUUCAGGUCACUAGGUCAAAGGUCAAGGUCACAGUUACAAAAAAUAUAUUCACACAAUGGCUGUCACUACAACGGAGAGCCCAUAUGGGGGGCAUGCAUGUUUUACAAACAGCCUUUGUUAUGACUUGUUUUAUAAUUUGCUAAUAAUUUAAGAACUUAUACAUUUAAAAGUGGUUUACCUUCCUUUUUUUCAGUGAGAUUUUUUCUGCGUGAUUAUGCAUUUCUGGAAGUUUGUACCGCCGGCGUAACAUUUUUAAACAAUUAUCUGUCAUUGUGUUUAUGAUCCUCUGAGAGUUUGUACCGCCAGCGUAACAUUUUCAAAGAAUUAUCUGUUGUGAUUAUGAACCUUUGGGAGGUUGUACCGCCAGCGUAACAUUUUCAGUUAAAUUUUAAGGGUUAUAUCAUUUUGUGUGUUCUGUAUUUACAUUACUUGUAUAAUUUACUAUUAAAUUAAGAACUUAAACAUUUAAAAGUGGUUUGUGUGAUUUUUACUAUUGGUACCUUAGGGAGUUUGUACCGCCGGCGUAACAUUUUCAAGAAUUAUCUGUUGUUAUUAUGAUCCUCUUGAGAGUUUGUACCGCCAGCGUAACAUUUUCAAAGAAUUAUCUGUUGUGAUUAUGAACCUAAGAACUUAAACAUUUAAAAGUGGUUUAUCUUCCUUUUUUCAGUGUGAUUUUUUCUGUGUGAUUAUGCAUUUUGGAAGUUUGUACCGCCGGCGUAACAUUUUUAAACAAUUAUCUGUCAUUGUGUAUUUUCUGAGAGUUUGUACCACCAGCAUAACAUUUUCAAAGAAUUAUCUGUUGUGAUUAUGAACCUUUGGGAGGUUGUACCGCCAGCGUAACAUUUUCAGUUAAAUUUUAAGGGUUAUAUCAUUUUGUGUGUUCUUUAUUUACAUUACUUGUAUAAUUUACUAUUAAAUUAAGAACUUAAACAUUUAAAAGUGGUUUGUGUGAUUUUUGCUAUUGGUACCUUAGGGAGUUUGUACCGCCGGCGUAACACUUUCAAGAAUUAUCUGUUGUUAUUAUGAUCCUCUUGAGAGUUUGUACCGCCAGCGUAACAUUUUCAAAGAAUUAUCUGUUGUGAUUAUGAACCUAAGAACUUAAACAUUUAAAAGUGGUUUAUCUUCCUUUUUUUCAGUGUGAUUUUUUCUGUGUGAUUAUGCAUUUUGGAAGUUUGUACCGCCGGCGUAACAUUUUUAAACAAUUAUCUGUCAUUGUGUAUUUUCUGAGAGUUUGUACCACCAGCGUAACAUUUUCAAAGAAUUAUCUGUUGUGAUUAUGAACCUUUGGGAGGUUGUACCGCCAGCGUAACAUUUUCAGUUAAAUUUUAAGGGUUAUAUCAUUUUGUGUGUUCUGUAUUUACAUUACUUGUAUAAUUUACUAUUAAAUUAAGAACUUAAA